UGGAGAUCAAUGGCAGAGAAGACGAAGACAAGAACCACACGACCCACACGAAUUAAACAAGGGGUCAAUCAACAAGAUGACUAUAUUUACGACAGUGCUGAACAGAGUGGUUCGAAUUGCUUGACGACUGUCGAUAUAAAGUUCGAUGCAGACAACGUGAAAAGGGUGGUCACGGAGCCGUGGAGGCUGACAGAUAAGCAUGGAAACAUGGUUGCAUUCGACGAAGUUCGUCCACAAUGCAGGCUUUUCUGCUUUUACUCUCCGGACAAGACAUCGUACGCUUGCCGCGUGACAUCAGUCGUUACAAAAGGCACACCGAAAGGUGCACAACAAGGAGGCUCCAAACGGAAACUAGAAUAUGAUGAAACGGAGUCCCUUGUCAGAGAAGUCAAGAAAUGUAGAAAUGCUUCUCAAGCAAAGACGGCAUCAUCAUCACUACAACAAAGCAUGUCAAUAUCAGAUGAUAUAUCUUCUGACACAGACGAAUUAAACGUUGACUCGGAUGGAGGCAAUUGUGGGAAGUUAUUGUCAAUUCAGAAACCAGAGAAGUGUGUUGUAUCACCUAGUGGCAAGGAUCUGUUUCAAAAAGACAUACAAUGCAUAAAAAGCAGUUUACAACAAGUUCAAAACACUCUCCUGCUAGUGAAUGCUGCUCAGGCAGAGUUGAAAUCAACUGUUGACUCAUUGACUUCUCAGUCGGAUACCAGCACAGUUAUGAUAGAGGAUAUACACAAAAUAUUGCUUAAGUACAAGCAGAUGAAGGUUUCUGUCAAAGUUGAGAAGACUGAUCUUCCACCUCACCAAGCUCAACAUACUCGAACAAGGAGCACAUCAUCAGUGGAAGAGCUUGACAGGUCUGUUGUUAUGUUGGAAUCACCGGCUGCUCCAUCUCCUAUACAAGAUGCUUCAUCAAGUGAAGGUACCAGAUAUACUUUCAUUUAG